GAUAAAUGCGCAUGCGCACUACGGCCGAACACCCACUGCCCAUGCGCACUACGUCCGAAGACCCUCCCCUCCGAGGUUUUUUUUGCGUACCGAUGCCACGUUAAGUAUUAGCGGGUCGUCACGAAAACACCAGCAGCUAGUUACUCUCCCGAGCCUCUCCGACAACGACCGGAACCCAAGUUUUCUCGGCCGACCGACCGCGUCUCUCGUCCCCGCUCGUCAAGGAAGAAGAAGCCCGGAGACCGGCCGCUAUGUUUAAGUUUCUGCUCGUCUGCACGCUGGCUGUGGCCAGCAGAGCCGAGGUCGCCGAGGAGGAAGACGUCCUGGUGCUGAAGAAGAGUAACAUGGACGAGGCUCUGGCGGCUCAUCCCAACAUCUUGGUGGAGUUCUACGCCCCGUGGUGCGGCCACUGCAAGGCCCUGGGUCCGGAGUUCGCCAAAGCCGCCGGUACGUUGAAGGCCGAGGGCUCGGCGAUCCGCCUGGGGAAGGUGGACGCCACCGAGGAGACGGAGCUGGCCCAGGAGUACGGCGUCCGGGGAUACCCCACCAUCAAGUUCUUCAAGGGGGGAGAGAAGGAGUCGCCCAAAGAGUACUCUGCCGGCAGACAGGCGGACGACAUCGUCGCCUGGCUGAAGAAGCGCACCGGCCCGGCCGUCGACACCCUGGCCGAGGUCACCGAGGCCGAGUCUCUGAUCGCUGACAACGACGUGGCGGUCAUCGGGUUCUUCAAGGACGCCGACUCCGCCGACGCGAAGGCCUACGAGAAGGCGGCCGAAACCACGGACGACAUUCCUUUCGCCAUCACCAGCGACGAUGCCAUUUUCUCCAAGUACGACGUCUCCAAGGACAGCGUGGUCCUCUUCAAGAAGUUUGAUGAAGGGCGCAACACCUUCGACGGAGAGCUGACCAAAGAGAACCUUCUUGCGUUCGUCAAGUCCAACCAGCUGCCUCUGGUCAUCGAGUUCACGGAGCAGACCGCCCCGAAAAUCUUCGGAGGAGAAAUCAAGUCCCACAUCCUGAUGUUUCUGCCCAAAACCGCGCCAGACUUCCAGGACAAGAUGGACGAGUUCAAGAAAGCCGCCGGGGGAUUCCGGGGUCAGAUCCUGUUCAUCUUCAUCGACAGCGACGUGGACGACAACCAGCGCAUCCUGGAGUUCUUCGGCCUGAAGAAGGAGGAGUGCCCCGCCAUCCGCCUCAUCACCCUGGAGGACGAGAUGACCAAGUACCGGCCAGAGAGCGACACCAUCAGCGCCGACGCCAUCGUGGCCUUCUGCAAACUGUUCAUCGACGGCAAACUCAAGCCUCACCUCAUGAGUCAAGACAUUCCUGAAGACUGGGACAAGAACCCCGUCAAGAUUCUGGUCGGCAAGAACUUUGAGGAGAUCGCCUACAGCUCCUCCAAGAACGUCUUCAUCGAGUUCUACGCGCCGUGGUGCGGACACUGCAAACAGCUGACCCCCAUCUGGGAGAAGCUGGGCGAGAAGUACAAGGACAGCGACGACAUCAUCGUGGCCAAGAUGGACUCCACGGCCAACGAGAUCGAUUCGGUCAAAGUCCACAGCUUCCCCACCCUCAAGUUCUUCCCCGCAGGAGACGAGCGCACGGUGAUUGACUACAGCGGGGAGAGAACACUCGAAGGAUUCACCAAGUUCCUGGAGAGCGGCGGCAAGGAGGGCGGCGCCCCCACCGGAGACGACGACGACGAGCUGGACGCAGAGGAUUUGGAAGAUGUGGACGAGGAACAGGACACGGGCUCCGACGGCGAGGCCGACGAACACGACGAGUUGUAAGAGCUGGAGGAAGUGAGCGGGAGAGAGAGAGGAGACGAGUUCACCCCCCCCCCCACCCUUCCAACCCGUCACCUUCACUUCCUCGUGAACCGCCCCCCCGUCCUGUGAACGUUAAUACUUCCGCUUUAAAACUGCCUCAGUCAGCCGGCCCCCUGUGGCGGCGGGGCCUCUAUUUUUUUUUUUCUUCUCUAAACCGGACUCGUCUCACCUUGAGGACUCGAGCGCAACACCUCGUGGGAGGCCUUGACGCCUUCUCUGCGACGCUCCGCAGCAGCUGUGUAACGCCUUGUAUAUUUUAAAACCAAAUGUAAAAAUGGCAUUGAGAUGGUUCUCCUGAUGCAUUUGCUCCUCCCCCUCAAGAGAAAACGGAAAGGCCUUGUCAUUGUUCAUGUGGGUGUGAGCUAACCUGUAUUCUUAGGUGGGGGGGGGGCCUGUCGAUGUUCUGUUCCCAGAGGAUCUGUCUGUGGUUGUCAUGGGGACAUCCCAUAGAUGUGUUUAAUGUCUUCACCCUACGGAGCUGAAGCCCCGCCCCUUCUGUAGCUGAGACUUAUUUUCCUUCUUGCGGUGGGGAGAAUUUUGUUUUCAUUUCUUCAUUCCCAAAUAAUCUCGGUUCAGUCUCCUCAUGUACGCACGGCUACUGACUCUUUUUAUUUUCUCUAAAGGAACAGAGGUUAACUUUUUUUUUUUUUUUUACAGGGAAAAUCCCAUUUUAUUUAAUUGCUUUCACUAGAUGAGCUUUUUAUUUUAUUGAGGACGUUUUUUUAAUGGUGUGCCAUUGUGCCCAGCUGUAGCCGGCUGGACCCUCGGGGUUAUUUUGGAGCCCGUUCUGAUGGGCCGCACUGUAUUCAUGCCUAAUCUGAGAUUCACACCGGGGGGUUUGGGAGUGUUUAUAUCUGAAGUGGGAGGGAACAAGUGCACAGCCCCACCCCUCACCUGUACUGUACCUCCUUUGGCUCUACCCAGCACCCUUGUUGCCACGUGAGUGUGUGUGUGUGAGUGAGGGAGAGAAAGAGGGUGUGUUUGUGUGUGUGUGUGGCAGGGAGGAGGCGGGCUUGAGUAGAGCGAGGUGAUGGGGUUUGACACUACAGUGGUGGGGGAAACUUAAUAUAGCAUUCCAUCAUAUCCAAAUUGAUGUGGAAAAAUGGGAAAUGGUGGCCAAUAAAUAAAUAAAAAAAUUGGAAAAAAUA